GCCGUGCCUUCACAAUCUCCUCGAGAGGAGGAAGAAACCAAGACGCUGGUUUAGUGAGAGCUCACUGCUGCGCUCUUGCUCCUUGAUCGAAUCGAGUCGAGACCGGCUCGAAUCCAAUCCAAGGGAUGGCAACAGGGAGCGAAGCCGCGAAGCCGGCUGAGGCAGUGCUUGAGUGGAACAAACAGGACAACAAGAGGAUGCUUCACGCUGUUUAUCGAGUCGGGGACCUGGACUGCACAAUCAAGAACUACACGGAAUGCUUUGGGAUGAAGCUGCUGAGGAAAAGAGACGUGCCUGAUGAGAAGUACACCAACACCUUCCUUGAGUUUGGACCAGAGGACACCAACUUUGCACUUGAAUUGACAUACAACUAUGGUGUUGACAAGUAUGACAUCGGAGAGGGCUUUGGGCAUAUCGGGAUCGUUAAUGAAGAUGUGUACAAGUUUGCUGAGAACAUAAAAUCCAAGGGUGGCAACAUUACUCGUGAACCUGGUCCUGUCAAGGAAGGAACAACUGUUAUUGCCUUUGCACAAGACCCUGAUGGUUACUGGUUUGCGCUUAUUCAGAGGGCUGAGACACCUGAGCCUCUUUGCCAAAUCAUGCUUCGUGUUGGUGACCUUGAGCGUUCUAUCAAGUUCUAUGAGAAGGCCCUUGGGAUGAAGCUCCUAAGAAUAAAGGAUGUGCCCGAUUAUAAGGUACCUUCAAUUAUUUGGUGCGUAAAGAAUGUUGCUAAAUUUCACAGCGAUGAGAGAAUGUCAUGCAAUUUUUUCCUCUGA